AUGGCAGAAUGUAGUUCAAAAGUAACGUUAUUGUCAAAAGCAGACGAAGAAAAGACAAGCUUGAGCUCCAAACAUUUUCCACAAUAUGGUACAUCUAGUUGUUGCACAAAAUCUAAACCUGUCGAAGAAAAUAGUGAAUUUUACAUCAAACACUUAGUGGAAGAAAAUGAAUCUUUAAAUUCCAUCGCUCUCAAAUAUGGCCUUACGACAUCAACACUACGACGAGUGAACAGGUUGUGGAAUGACAACAUCUUUUUAUGUAAACAGCUGCUCAUACCCAUUUGCAACAGAGAUGAUUUACCUGCCAGUUUCAAUGGUGAACUCAUAGCAAAAAAAGAUUUAAAUAAACACAUGCCUAAGUCAAAAAGCAUAGGUCGGUUGGCCGACUCAACUAAUAAUUCAAAUUAUUUUUCAAACCCUAACACGCCAAUUGCUUCAAAUUGUCUUAAUGCUAAGGACAGUGAAGAUAGUCAUAACAUCACAAACCACCAAGAUUAUUUUUCUAAAUACGAUUCAUCAUUGGCCAAAAUAAAAUGUAACAUUGAAAGACUUGAAAAACAAACAAAGUAA